AAUCGCGCCACUCCACCAUCCUGUCCUUACCGGGAACUCCAACCCUAGCGUCUCUGGCCCAGCGACACUCAACUUGCUUUAGUACUCUUCCGAGAUACCCCGCUGCCCGCUUCCUACUUCGUUGGGAAGGAAUUCUUUCCAUAGCGUUCAUUUCCUCCAGAGAGCCGCCUUUUCCUGACCCUCUCAACUAAGGCCGCUCCUCUCUGCCCCCUAAGAUACCUCACUGUCUGUAAUGUGAGCCAUUUUUAUUACCUGCAGAGGCUUUGGCUUUGCACAACGCCUAAUGGCCCGGGGCAUCCAGGAUAAUCCCUAAGAACUUGAAGAAACGAUGUGGUCUGGUUUUCAAGAUGGCCGCAGCCCCUCAAGCACCAAAGAGGGGAUCUAUUCGGAAGACUAGACCUCUGGUUGUCAAGACAUCACUGAACAACCCGUAUGUCAUUUCCUGGAGCACCUUGGAGAGAGAGGACAUACAUUUUAUAUUACAGACACUCGAAGACAAGUUUAAAUUGAUUGGCCUUCAGAAAAUUGAAGAUAAGAAAAAGAAAAAAACACCUUUGGUAAAAAAGCAAAGGUGCAGCCCUGAUGUUGAGACGAGUGAGGAUCUGAAAGAGGAGCAUGAUGGGGACCUGCAGGUGUCAGGCUGGACACCCAUACAUGUCAGAAAACAGCUGGUCAUUGGAGUUAAUGAAGUCACUAGAGCCCUGGAGAGGAAUGAACUGCUCCUGGUUCUAGUGUGCAAGUCCGUCAAGCCUGCCGUCAUCACCUCACACUUGAUUCAGCUGAGUAUAAGCAGAACUGUUCCUGCUUGUCAGGUUCCUCAGCUCAGCCAGAGAAUUGCUCCUGCCAUUGGCUUAAAAUGUGUGCUAGCCUUGGGCUUCAGAAAGAACACCACGGACUUCGCUGAGGAAGUAAGAGCCAUCAUUCCCAGGGUGCCCAGCUUACAUGUGCCAUGGCUUCAAGACAGAUCCCAAGAUCCCAAAGACAAUUUAGAGACUGAAUCUUUGGAAAGCCAAGACAAAGAGAUUUUGGACACUUCCUUUGAUGACCUUACAAAACUUAAUAAAAGAAAGCUUGCUGAAGGUGGGCAGGCUUCUCCUGUGACACUACAACCCCUUAAAAUAAAGAAACUCAUUCCCAACCCUAAUAAGAUAAGGAAACCACCCAAAAGUAAAAAAUCCAUUUCAAAGUAGUUUAUAUGAACUUGUCAUUUCAUGAAAGGAUAUGGUCUGAAUAAGCUUUAAAACAAAUAAAGUAGAGUAUGUUUACAUA